AUGUCAGGGAACGGAAUCGCACCGGUGGACGCACACCUGGUGGUACGGUACGCACCAGCGGACGAAGAGGGCUCUGAGCGAUCCACGCGACGAGCUUCAAUCCAGGGAACGUCCAUCUGCGUGGCAGAGUCCUGGGAACCUUCAAGCCCGGAAUCGCCCUGUUCACGCAGGGCAUCGGCAGCACUAAGAGUCUGCGAUCUGUACCAGUGCAUUCAUCAGCAUGCUGGGACGGGAUCACAACCACAGCUGCGUUCGGCUUCGUUCGUGUCGCGACCGGGCUCUCAGGCACUCCAGAAUGAAUCCAACCCUUCCGGUUGUCGAGAAGAGGACGGCCACCCGCGGCGUUUCAGCGAUCCCGAGUCGAAUACACCCAGUCAUGGGCUAACCUUGGGAAGGUCGGCGUCGUUCGCAGCCGAAUCAAAUCUGCCCCAGCCUCUGGGAUUUGGGGAAAUGAUGUGGACGGUGCCCCGGUCUAGAAACUCGAGUCUCUCGUCCUCAUCGCAAGGCCCCUCGUCCACGAACCACGACUUCCAAGACCACAGCCAUCAACAGGAAGAAUCCAUCGAUCAGCCUUGUGAUAAUCAAGACUCAAGCAUUCACGGCCCGCAACAACCAGACUGCUGGGUCGAUCUCAGUAACCCUUGCUGCAGACACCAUCAUCGGCGCAAUUCAACGGCAAUCAAGUUUCGCAAAGCACUUUACGAAGAGCAGGAGUAA